AUGGUGGACCGAACACGAGUUCCAAAUAUGCUAGAUACUUUUAUGUAUUAUAACAACAAUCCAACACCACCAUUUCCUGGAUAUGGAGCACCACCUACCUAUUUGCCUAAUCAAGCUCAUCUUCAGCCAUAUGUUGCACAAGUUGGACUUGAUCCUUGGCCAGUUAAUGUACCUGCUUAUCCUCAACAAUACGAAACACAUUUUCCUUUAGGAACCGAUUAUUGGUGCACGCCAGAAUAUCAUCUGACUCGAACGAAUAUCAAUGCUCCUGAACCAACAUUAAUUAUACGUGAAAAUCGAGCUAAACCCGGUGUUAAACUUGCUUUUACGGAAAAAGGAGCCGAAAGUGAUCCACGAGCGUUUCGUGCUCGUUAUGGUACAUCAGCAGAUGUUCCAACUCGACCAUAUUAUGCCCAACCAUGGCUUAUUGAUGAAAUACGAAAAGUCAAACAUUAA